CCAAUCACCCUCUUCGAAAUCCAAUAUCCAAAACCACCGCACUCCAAAGUUCAAACUCAACGAUCUCCACAAGUUCCUACCACCAUAGUCUCAGAAAGAGUGAGUUAGUGAGUGAGAGAAAGAUCAGAGAUCAAUGGCUUCUACCCAAUGUUUCUUGCACCACCAUGCCCUUACCACUCCAGCCAGAUCCCCAUCACAACGUACCAUGGUUAGCACCAAGCCUAACCACCUUGUGUGCAAGGCCCAGAAACAGACAGCACCCCAAGAGGAUGAUGUCACUCCUAUCUCUCGCCGUUUAGCUCUCACUGUGCUCAUUGGUGCUGCUGCUGUUGGCUCCAAAGUCCAACCUGCAGAUGCAGCUUAUGGUGAAGCUGCCAAUGUGUUUGGAAAGCCAAAGGAAAACACAGAUUUCUUGCCAUACAAUGGAAAUGGAUUCAAACUAUCGAUUCCCUCAAAGUGGAACCCAAGCAAAGAGGUUGAGUACACAGGCCAGGUUCUUAGAUACGAGGAUAACUUUGAUACAACCAGCAAUGUCGUUGUCACAGUGACUCCAACCGAUAAGAAGUCCAUCACUGACUAUGGUUCACCCGAAGAAUUCCUCUCAAAGGUGGAUUAUUUACUAGGAAAGCAGGCCUUCUUUGGUGAAACUCAAGCUGAGGGUGGUUUUGAUCCAAAUGCUGUGGCCACAGCUAACAUCUUAGAGACUGCUACACCUGUGGUUGAUGGGAAGCAGUACUAUGUAUUGACUGUGUUGACAAGGACGGCUGAUGGAGAUGAAGGUGGGAAGCACCAACUGAUCAGAGCAACCGUAAAGGAUGGAAAACUGUACAUUUGCAAGGCUCAAGCUGGAGAUAAGAGGUGGUUUAAGGGAGCAAGAAAAUUUGUGGAGAGCACAGCAAGUUCUUUCAGUGUUGCUUAAAAAACUCCAAUAGCAGGUUAUAUAUGUGCUAUGUGUAAAUCAACCUUAAGUGCAUCUUAUCUAUGUUUUUGAGCUCUCUAACCUCCCUUUUGUCCACUAUAGUUUCAUAAUUUAAGGGACUUGGUUGGAUUUAGUAUCUCAA